AUGGAUGAUGAUACAAGUGUCAGAACUGGCAAAAAAUACUACCCGCAGAACUCCUCUGGGAUUCAAAGUGUCUUAGAAUGGAGUUGCCCUAAGAUUGAUGAAUUGUCAAGUUCCAUUCCUAAAAAGAAACUGCCCGUUUUACCUGAAAAAGUCCAUCAGAGGCUCUACGGAGUCCCAGGGCAAAAUAUAUUUACCUACGAUCUUGAUAAACCAAAGCCAAGGAAAAAGAUCACGCCACAAAUAGACGUCGGAAUGGUCCCAAAAGAAGGCUCAAACAUCGUGUGCAAGUGCAUACCCAGAGUGAAUACUGCGUUCAAGGAUUCUCUGGAAAAGUCACUAAUACCACAGGACAACUCAGAAGCAAGGCUAGUAGGGAAAAUUAUUCUCAACAGAGACCAUAUAUCGCACUUGAAGGCAAGCAUUAACGUCAAUGAAUAA